AUGGCGCGCAAUGAGGAGAAGGCGCAGUCGAUGCUCAACCGCUUCCUGGCGGGCAAGAAGGAGGAGAGCAGGGGCCCGCGGCAGAAGCGGCCGUACCUGGCGUCAGAGUGCCUCGACUUAAACGAGGCGGACAGGUGGCGGCAGCAGAUACUGAGGGAGAUCGGGCGCAAGGUGACGGAGAUACAGAACGCCGGACUGGGGGAGCACCGGAUUCGAGAUUUGAAUGAUGAGAUCAACAAACUCAUCCGUGAAAAAGGCCACUGGGAGCGCCGCAUAGUGGAGCUUGGUGGACCCAAUUAUGCCAAAGGUGCACCAAAAAUAACAGAUAGUGAAGGGAGGGAGGUGGCAGAGGGCAAGGGGCCGGGAUAUCGGUACUUUGGGGCAGCAAAAAACCUGCCAGGCGUCAAAGAAUUGUUUGAGAAGGAGCCUCCAAGGAAGGUCCGAAGGACGAGGCACGACAUGUACAGAAGAAUCGAUGCCGACUAUUUUGGCUUCAGGGACGAAGAGGAUGGCGUGUUGGUGAAGGUGGAGGCGAUUGCAGAGAAGGAGAUGCGGCAAAAGGCCAUCGCCGAGUGGGAAGUCCAGGAGGCAAAGAGGCAAGAGGCGAUCGCAGGGAUCAAGACGGUGGCAGAUGCCGCGCCAAGGGACGUGGACACCGCCAGCCAGUUCGUCGCCUACGUCCCCCUGCCCGACGACAAGGAGAUAGAGCGUCGCGUGCUGGACAAGAAGAAGGCGGCGCUGCUGUCCAAGUACGCCAGCGAGCCCUUGUUGAGGGAGCAAGAAGAGGCCAGGGCCCUGUUGCGAAGAAAAUAA